GAACAUAUCGGAAGGAACUCCCAAACAAAGAUGGCCGUUUCGCGGUUGCAGUGUUUUACAGGCACCUUGUAUAUAAUAUGGGCUUUGCUGAAGAUAUAUGUCGUCGGCACACUAGUUCUUGUGAGACAAAUUUUGCAGAGACACAAAACUGCAAAAGGUCUACACCUUCACACAGGCAAAGUAGCCAUUGUGACCGGAGGCUCCAGUGGUAUUGGAUUUGAAGUUUCCAAAGGUUUAGUAGCCAAGAACGUCCACGUUUUCAUAGCAAGCAAAUGUGUCACUGAAGGGAAGAUGGCUAUUGCAAAGAUCCGGGAAGAAUUUCCUAAUGCUAAAGUGGAUUUUCUGGUCCUAGAUUUGGCGUCUCUAGAAUCUGUUAACAAGUUUGUUGACAAUUUCCUAGCUAGAGGACUCCCGUUACAUAUUCUGAUAAACAAUGCUGGAGUGAUGUUCAUUCCUUAUGAAGAGACUGAGAAUGAGAUGGAGUAUCAUUUUCAAGUGAACUAUUUGGGACAUUUUUACCUUACAAAACUGUUGCUAUGGAAACUAUGUGAAUCAGGAACAGACAACUCCCACUCAAGAAUUAUAAAUGUCUCAUCGGUUGUACAGUGUGUAGGAAGCAUUGAUGUUGAAAGACUUGGAGAAAAAUGUAUCCACUGGUCUCAAUACUCGCCACAUGCAGCUUAUGCAGACUCGAAGUUGGCCAUUGUCUUAGCUACAUACUCAAUGGAUAGUAAACUAAGGGGAGACAAAUCUAAAAUAUCUAUAAAUGCAGUCCAUCCGGGAAUCGUCAACACACCCCUGUAUAGACAUGUACACAGGGGGAUAAAGUGGCUACUAGACCUGGUGGCCAGAUUUACCUACAAGACACCAGUCCAGGGAGCAGAUGGAAUCCUCUUUCUUGCCUUAUCGGACAGUUUAGAGGGAAACAGUGGUGGUUACUAUGACAACUGUUCUAAAGUUUCCUCGAAAGGACUUUCCUAUAAUAAAGACUUACAAGAGAGAUUACUAAAGAAAUCAGAAGAAAUUCUACAAACAUUUGUGAAUAGAACAUUUUACGGAAACCAGGAUUAACAAUAAAACAGGAAAUGACAAAAAAA